UUGAUCCAUACAGAGAAAGAUCUGGUGACUUCCCUGAAAGACUAUAUUAAGGCAGAAGAGGAUAAAUUAGAACAAAUAAAAAAAAACAGACAGUGUGAAUGGGGGAAGGACAGAGAGAGAGGGAGACACAGAAUCCAAAACAGGCUCCAGGCUCUGAGCUGUCAGCACAGAGCCCGACGCGGGGCUCGAACUCAUGAACUGUGGGAUCAUGACCUGAGCCAAAGUCAGACGCCCAACCGACUGAGCCACCCAGGUGCCCCUCCAGUCACUUAAAGAUAAGUUCCAUUUACUGUAACCAUUUGAGAGAAGCAAAACUACAAGAAAGGCCUUAUAUUGAUUCUACCAUGCUAGAUUUUAUCCAUAACAGCCUUGCUUUUUAAAAAACCUAUAAUUUUGUUUUAAAAAUAAUUCUUUUUUUAAGGGAGAGUGCACGUGAGUGCAUGUUGUGCACUGUUCAGGAAGGGCAGAGAGUGGGAGAGAGAAGGAAUCUUAAGCAUGCUCCAUGCUCUGCAUGGAGUCUAACAUGGGGCUCGAUCCCAAGAUCCUGGGAUCAUGACCUGAGCCAAAAUCAGGAGUCUGAUGCUCAACCAACUGAGCCACCCAGGUGCCCCUAAAAAGAAUUUUUUAAAUACAGUUUUAACUCAAAAGCCUCUAAUCUCAUCUUUUUUCUUUUUCUGAGUGAUUUACUAAAUUGUGUUCUUCCUUAUUAAGUGUAUGUAUGCUCCAUUUGUAUGUCUUACAUUUCCAGAUGGGCAGAGAAAUUAGAUCGACUAACUAGCACAGCGACAAAAGAUCCAGAAGGAUUUGUUGGGCAUCCUGUAAAUGCAUUCAAAUUAAUGAAACGUCUGAACACUGAAUGGAGUGAGUUGGAGAAUCUGGUCCUUAAGGAUACGUCAGAUGGCUUUAUCUCUAACCUAACCAUUCAGAGACAGUACUUCCCUAAUGAUGAAGAUCAGGUUGGGGCAGCCAAAGCUCUGUUGCGUCUCCAGGACACCUACAAUUUGGAUACAGACACCAUCUCAAAGGGUAAUCUUCCAGGAGUAAAACACAAAUCUUUUCUAACAGUUGAGGACUGUUUUGAGUUGGGCAAAGUGGCCUACACAGAAGCAGAUUAUUACCAUACAGAACUGUGGAUGGAACAAGCACUAAGGCAGCUGGAUGAAGGCGAGGUUUCUACCAUUGAUAAAGUCUCUGUUCUAGAUUAUUUGAGCUAUGCGGUAUACCAGCAGGGAGACCUGGAUAAGGCACUUUUGCUCACAAAGAAGCUUCUUGAACUAGAUCCUGAACACCAGAGAGCUAAUGGUAACUUAAAAUAUUUUGAAUAUAUACUGGCUAAAGAAAGAGAUGCUAAUAAAUCUGCUUCAGAUGACCAAUCUGAUCGGAAAACCACACUGAAGAGAAAAGGGGUUGCUGUGGAUUACCUGCCAGAGAGACAGAAGUACGAAAUGCUGUGCCGUGGGGAGGGUAUCAAAAUGACUCCUCGGAGACAGAAAAAACUCUUUUGCCGUUAUCAUGAUGGAAACCGGAAUCCUAAAUUCAUUCUGGCCCCAGCUAAACAGGAGGAUGAGUGGGACAAGCCUCGUAUUAUUCGCUUCCAUGAUAUUAUCUCUGAUGCAGAAAUUGAAAUUGUCAAAGAUCUAGCAAAACCAAGGCUGAGCCGAGCUACAGUACAUGACCCUGAGACUGGAAAAUUGACCACAGCACAGUACAGAGUAUCUAAGAGUGCCUGGCUCUCUGGCUAUGAAAACCCUGUGGUGUCGCGGAUUAAUAUGAGAAUACAAGAUCUAACAGGACUAGAUGUUUCCACAGCAGAGGAGUUACAGGUAGCAAAUUAUGGAGUUGGAGGACAAUAUGAACCCCAUUUUGAUUUUGCACGGAAAGAUGAACCAGAUGCUUUCAAAGAGCUGGGGACAGGAAAUAGAAUUGCUACAUGGCUGUUUUAUAUGAGUGAUGUGUCAGCAGGAGGAGCCACUGUUUUUCCUGAAGUAGGAGCUAGUGUUUGGCCCAAAAAGGGAACUGCUGUUUUCUGGUAUAAUCUGUUUGCCAGUGGAGAAGGAGAUUACAGUACACGGCAUGCGGCCUGUCCAGUGCUAGUUGGAAACAAAUGGGUAUCUAAUAAAUGGCUCCAUGAACGUGGACAAGAAUUUCGAAGACCAUGCACCUUAUCAGAAUUGGAAUGACAAAUAGGCUUCCCUUCCUCUCCUGCUAUACUCUAAUGUGUCUGAUAUGCACAUUUCCCAGUCUUAACUUUCAAGAGUUUACAAUUGACUAACACUCCAUGAUUGGUUUCAGUCAUGAACCUCAUCCCAUGUUUCAUCUGUGGACAAUCACUAACUUUGUGGGGUUUUUUUCCUUUUAAAAGUAACACUAAAUCACCAUAUUGUACAUAUAAACCUUUAAAGUUCAGUUGGUAUCACAGAGGAUAAAGCAAGGUAGAGUUAAAAAAUAAGGAAUUUUUACAUUUAUAUCUUAAAGAACUUCUUGGUUGGAUUAAAAAAAAAACACUUUAUGCAUCUGAUUAUAGUAUUUCACUACAUCUCAGUUGGUAGGGGGUAGGCUAGAAUGGGCCAUGUGAUUAUAAGCCUUAUAGUUUGGACCUAGGUAUUACAUUUACCUAGUCUUAUUUUCUGGAUCUGCCUAAAGACUAGGAGUAAGCUAGACCUCUAAUCUGGGUUCCAUUUGAUGUUUACCCCUCCAUAUGCUAUUCUAAGUUGAUUUUUUUUCCUCUCAAAUCUUUUUAAAGAAAGUAUACUGUAUUUUACCAAUCCCAUUCUUCUCUCACAGCUCCUCUGUGGUGAAUCAAAUCUGCUUGAGUUAAAAUAAUUUGAUUAAAAAUGUUUUUUAUUGCAAAGCCCUAUAUAACAACAGUGGGCCUUCUUAACUAAAAUGAUCAUUAGUCUGUUUAUUUCUCCCUUAAAAUUUGCUGUUUUUUGUAAUGCUAAUACCUUGCCUCUUAUUCCUGCUAUAGCAGGGUGAUGAUAUUGGCGUUCUGAUAAAAUAAAUAUCGUGCCUUAGGAGACUGGAAAUUUUAAAAUGUACAAGUCCUUUUAAUGAUGAGGGAAUUGAUAAAAAAAAGAAGAAUCUUUUUUCUAAAAAAGCCAAAAUGUCUGUUUUUUUUCACUUCUGAAAUGUGUUGUGACAACAAUGACCUAUUUAUGAUCUUAAAUCUUUUUUUAAAAAUG